CCCCGCGCGGGACGCUUCCCGCACCUCCCUCCCCCGCUCAGCUGAUCUUCAACAACAUUUGAACCACCACAGAAGCAUAACAACACACAGAGUAAGCAAAUCUGGAUGGUGUGGGUGAGCCUAGCAUCAUGAUAUCAUGUGGGGAUACCCAAGAGUUUAUUCCAUUUGGGCGGGAAUAUCUUGGUUAUCAUCCAGGGGAUGUGGGUUUGCCGCCACCCAGACCUAGUCCGGCACCACCUCACUUAGAUCUUUUGAGACAGCUAGACACAGUCUCUAUUAAUGGCUCUAAGGAUUGGUGGGAAUUACGCCAGAGUAAUGAUGGAUUGACAGAAGAAGAAUUGUAUGUAUGUGGUCCAACAGUGGUAUGGUCACGAGGACAAGCAGGCUCACGUCAAGUAAUCAAGUGUAUGACCUGUGAUUCUACAGUUCAGCAUAUCUUAUUUGCUACUUUCUACACAUACCCUGACCAACCUCCCCUGCUUGGGGAAGCUGUCCCAGAAGAACCAACAGGAGAUGCACUACCUAGCAUCUGUGUGGUGGAGAGUGACAGUCUCAAUAUAUUUACAGAAGAUGGUGAUGACUAUUUUGUUGCUUUACCUUUUCCAGUACGGAAGGUAUGGCCAGUAAAAUAUGGCAUUCUUCUUGAGCGCCAGGUUCAUUCAUCUGAAAUGGCAUCCCCUAAACCUGAGGCGGAGAGGCUGCCAACAUUUUACAGUUUACUGCAUCCACUAGAUGAAAUAAAUCCUCUUCUCUAUAGAAGUGGUUACAGCGGCUGUGCUCGACCUGCCUACUUGAGUGAUUUAUCUCAGCAAGCUGUGUUCAUGUCACAAGAGCCUUCCAUCUGCAUUCUUUAUAACUCCAGUACCAGCAGUCAUACCAUAUGGAAAAUACGAAGGGCAAAAUUAGAGGAAAACAACUUUGUACUUCAGAGCAGUGUUCAAAGUAAUUCUCCAGUGUCCUCUAUGCUGUCCAAUCCUGGGUCAUUUGUACAGUUGCACUCGUAUUCACAUAGUCAUUCACUUUCCCAAAGCCAUGCAUAUGUAACUUCUCCUCCUGCUCAAGUACCUUCCCAUUCACCGACUCCUACUAGCUCUCGUACAAGAUCUAGCAUGUUUCCCACUAUACUUAACACUCCAAAGACUCAGCCAUCUCAGACACCCAGGAGCCACAUGGCAACACUUAGCCGAACACAGUCACCUUCAGUGUUUGGUGGGCAGCAUCUUAGACUGGCAAUGAGUCCUUCCCCAUCUCGAUCUCCAGGGCCCCGUACACCUCGGUCACAGUUUUCUUCUCUUAAUGAAACAUUUAUUGAGCCCGAGCCUUUGGUUCCAGAUGUUUGUUUGGAUCACCUGUGGACGGAUCAUUCACUUGCUCGGGCCACUAAGGCUUUCCUAACAGAAGAUAGUGUUGGGCAAAAAUAUCUUUGUUUAAUGCUGUCCCAGGCAGGGAUGCUUCGUUGCAUUAAAUAUGAUUAUUCCAAUGACAGAUCAAGUCUUAUCUUUGGCUCUAUAUCCUCUAUACCUGCUAAAGAUGCGUUGCCAGUUAAAUCGCUCCGGAUGAUGAUUGUAGUUGAUGGAAGUAGCAGUUUAUCCUUAUAUACAGGAGCUGUUCAUGUCAGUCGAAUAAAUCUCUGUGGAUUACCCACAUUCAAUUCCUCGCUUUUUAAAGAUUUUUCGUCAUUGAACAUAUCAUCAAGGCUACAUAGCCCAUCUACAACACCACUACGUCGAUCAAGUCUCCUAACUUCAAGUAGACCAACUUCUGCUGUAGAUGCCAAAUUUGAUGUAGGUCUUUCUCCAGUUAUAACUGAGAAAUCACAUAUGGAUGGAUCUUUCACUGAAGACCCAAAUUUGCCUAUUUCCUCUGCCAUUGUAUCUCUGAGAGAUCCAUCUGAUACGAGAGUUACAUUGGAACAUGCUAAUGGAAAUUAUUACAGAAUAACUCUCCCAGAAAUUGCAUCAUCUCCAGUUGUAAAGCAUUCCUUAGCUGCACUCAAAUAUGUCCUUCCACGAGAGGCUGCUCUCCAAUUGGUCAACAAGUGGUAUGCAACUCGGAAUGCCCCAGGAUCUGGUGAUUUUUCUCCUCAUGGGGAAUGGACCAUGUUUUCAAUGAUGCUGUUAUCAAUGAUAGGCUAUGACACAGAUAAACUAGCUUUAACAUGUCCAGUAGAGGCCUCGGAUUCAUGUACUCUUGUGGCUACAAAAAAGUUUCGUGCAGCUGAGAGUGGUUCAGAUAAUGAUUGGGAGUACAUGUUGUCUUCACCAUUACAUAUGGCUGCUGGAAAUAGUCUGAGUGAAAUGCUAGGAUUACAGAAAGUUGGUGUGAUGCAAAAACCAAAGGAAGUCAGCAAUGGUACAGUGCACACAAAAUCACCUUUGUUUUCUCAUCUCCCAUCAAUUCUUUUUGCUCUUCACUUGGUUUAUGAAGAUUUUAAAUUAAACACCUUGAAUUGGGAAUUUUGCAGUCUUCUAGUUACUUGUCUAGAUCAACUAGCUUCAGAUUUACGGCUUACUCAGUACCUACACCAUUAUUGGAGGGAUUUUCCCACUGUGUGUCCAUUACAAGGUCCACCCUCACAGGUGCCACUAGAGGAGUCUAAAAAAUUUACAUAUGUAGGGUACUUUACUGAGAAGCCCCCUCAUGUAUUAGCUCACUUGUACACUAUAAUGGGAGGCAUUGAGCCUCAGCCUUUUCCCUACAUUCCUCAUGUGUGCACUACAACCAAAAACCUGAUUUUGCUCUACUCAGUUGCAGCUGCAGAUUGUGGGUUACAUAAUAUCCCAAUGGAACAUUUUCUGAAACAAAUAAACUCAAGUAAUCCAAAACCAUUUGCUUCAGCUGAUGUAUCACUGAAUUUGCAAAAUUAUUGUGAAAAUAACCCCAAAAUUCAUGAAAAAAUAGUGCUCUUAACAGAUCAACUUGGAUUAACUGUCAGAGAUAUUCAGCUCCUUUCUCCUGGCGUAUCAUUGGUCCUAAUGAAUGCCCAGCACAUGUGUCGCACAUGUCCUCCUGAGAAUUGGCCAGCCUCAGCGUACCACCUCAUCCAUAGGCCUGAUCUUGUUGCUCACAGGGAAGGUGAUGCUAAAAAUGAAGGUGAUGGUGGAAAAAGAUCAAAGGAUCCUUUUAAUAUAAAGGUUAGAAUGCAAGAGGAAAAGAAACCAUCACCAUCCUCCACAAAGGAAGAUGAUGAUGGCAUGGAAACCUUGGACACAGACAUGCUGGCUCUAAGAUGGCGUGAAGAUCAGCGCAUAGCUGAAGUGAGACGUAUGCUGUGCUCCUCGCGUGCUGUUACAAUUAACAUUGUUCAGCGGCCAGAGGUAUCGGAUCACGAUUUUCUAGAAGAACAAGAAAGACAUUUGUAUGCUCUCUGUAUUAGGACUAUGUCGCUUCCUGUUGGUCGAGGUAUGUUCACUCUGUUUACUUCUGCUCCAAUAAUUACAGAAACUCUCCCGAUACCCAAGCUCAACCUGUCGGGCAAAGCUCCACCAAGAGGAACAACUAUUGAUCUUUCUAACAUAGAAGUGCCCCCAAAUAUGGACAUGUGGCCACACUUUCACAAUGGUGUUGCAGCAGGUCUCAAAAUUGCUCCCAAUUGUGGGGAAAUAGAUUCUACAUGGAUUGUAUACAAUAAACCAAAGGGAACAUUGGACAGUCCAACUAAUCACGCAGGAUUUCUCAUGGCCCUUGGACUUAAUGGUCACCUUCGAAACCUUGCAACUGUCAAUAUGCAUGAUUAUCUAGCACGAGGUCAUGAAAUGAUAUGCGUUGGACUACUACUUGGCAUAUCUGUAGCCAAGAGGGGAACAAUGGACAUCCAAACUACAAAACUACUCAGUGUUCAUUUAGAAUGUCUCUUGCCACCAACAUCAACCGAGCUGGAUGUUCCUCAUACUGUUCAGGUUGCAGCCAUCAUUGGAGUGGGAUUAGUCUAUCAGGACACAGCUCAUCGACAUAUGGCAGAAGUCCUACUUCAAGAAAUUGGUCGCCCACCAGGCCCAGAAAUGGAAAAUUCAAAUGAUCGAGAGUCAUAUUCUUUGGCGGCUGGACUUGCUCUUGGCUUGGUAUUAUUUGGGAGGGGUGGGGAAGCUGCUGGCUUUACAGAUCUGAACAUUGCUGGAGAACUUUAUCACUACAUUGAAGGGGGCCACAAAAAACCACUAUUUGGCAUCCACAAAGAUAAAUACAAAUCACCAAGUUACCAAAUAAAGGAGGGUGAAUGUGUAAAUAUUGAUGUAACUGCUCCAGGAGCCACUCUAGCUCUGGGGAUGAUAUAUUUCCAAAGCAAUAACAAGGCUAUUGGAGAGUGGAUGGUUGCCCCAAGUACACCUUAUUUAUUAGACCAGGUCCGGCCUGAUUUCCUGCUCCUUCGCACAGUUGCUCUUGGGCUUAUCAUGUGGGACUCUGUGAUGCCAACAUCUCAGUGGAUUGAGAGUCAUGUACCUUUGACGGUCCUUACUCAUGUUCACCGAGGUGGAAAUCAGUCUACGCCAGGAAUAGAUUACGAAUCUAUGCAUCAGGCAUACUACAACAUAUUAGCUGGUGCAUGUAUGGUCAUAGGAUUAAAGUUUGCUGGGUCUAGCAACAGUGAGGCCUUCCAGAUUUUAUGGAAAUACACAAGGAUGUUCACCAAUUUCACCAAGAGGAGCGUUGCUGAGUUAGCUGGAAAAUCAACCAUUGAAACUUGUCUUAAUGUAAUUCUGCUAAGUCUCUCCAUGGUAAUGGCUGGAACAGGCGACCUUGAUGUACUGCGUAUCAUCCGAUACCUUCGAUCUAGAGUUGGGCCUUCAAAUUCCACAGUUGGGUAUGGAUCCCAUCUGACAAUCCACAUGGCAUUAGGCUUCUUGUUUUUGGGUGGGGGUCGCUUCUCUCUUGGCACGUCUAACAUGGCUAUUGCAGCGCUGCUUAUUGCCUGCUUCCCAAAGUUUCCAACACACUCUAAUGACAAUCGCUAUCAUUUACAAGCCUUGAGACACCUCUAUGUUUUGGCAGCAGAGCCAAGGCUUUUAAUGCCCAUUGAUGUGGAUACUGGAAGACUAUGCCAAGUCAGUGUUACUGUCAGGUUUAGUGACACACCUCAGUACACGAAUCAGUCUUAUGAAGCUAUGGCUCCGCUGAUGUUACCUGAACUGUCAAAGUUGUCUCAAGUUAUUAUAGAAGGUGACGCUGUUAACCAUCGUUAUUGGCCUAUCAGAUUUUCUGCUCAAAACAAGACCUGGGCUUUUCUGGAAACAAUAUUGUGUUCUGGUGAAGGUUUGGCAGUCAAGUUAAAGGAUGGGCGUUAUCCAUAUGGUGAUGCACCUUCAGGAUUCCAGGCUCAGUUAGCCCAUUUGCUCACACAAGACAAAUCUGCUCGAUGGACAAUUAAGGGCUCCGUGUUGGAAGAAGUUAGUGGAUGUUCAGCAAGACUAGUGAGCACCAUGGUUGGCGGUUUAUCUCCAUUGUCUUCAUCUUCUGCUGCUGCCUCUACAUCAUCCAAGGUUCCCUCUGCUGCAUGUCCCAGCACGUCAUCGACCCAGCUCGGCAUUGACGAUGGAGAAACUGCAUUUACUCAAGCACUCGUUACUAUUAUAUAUGAGUAUUUGUCUGUUGGCAAGCCUCAGGCUAUCACCAAUUGGCUCGCAGCACUACAGGGUGUAAGGCGAGUUUCAGUUCUUAGUCAACGAGCCGGACUCUUACUGUGGCAGGUAAAGUUAAUUGGCCGUGCUGCUCAUUUCCUUCAUCGUCUAACAUGUACUGCUAAAGAAACUUCAACAUCAGGUGAAGAGAUCAGUGGUGGGGAGCCUAGUCCUCUUGUGUCAGCCGAACAAGCAUUGUCACUUAAUAAACGCUUGGACCUUCUUACUGAUACCUGGCUUGAAGAAGUACGGGAAGAAGUUGUGCGAUACUUGCGAGGAGAUGCAGAGAAACAGUAUUCAGCAAAAUGUGCCUUUACACUUGUCAUGCGAGACUUGCCUUUACCUCUUAAUUUUCAUGAAUGUGAAGGGUGCUCUGAUCCUCUGGCACUACUUGCUGUUUUACGCAGAGCCAAGGUGCCAACCAUUGCAAUAUCUGCCCUUGCAAAUAUGUUGUUCCAGACCUGAGCAUGAAUAUUUUUUAAAUGGCAUCCUCCUCCUCCAGUACUCUUCCCCCCCUGGUGUGGUAUCAAGACUGCUUGCAGUGGAGAUGGAAUUAUUGCAAUGUUGAAAUCACUGCAGUCAUAAUAAUGAAGCGUGUGACUGGAAGAGCGCAUGUGUGUACUGAAUGUUUAAACAUAACUACAGUAGAACACUUACAAUUUUAUUGUGCAACAUUCAUCUCACAUUCAUGGCAACCCAAAUGGUAGCUCAGUUAAAUCAAAUUGCAAACUCCUGGAACAGGUUGUGCCAAAUUAUUGGUAAAGAUUGGAGGCAGUUCAUAGUUCAAGAUUUGUGAAUCAGUCUAAAUGGUGACAUCUCAUGAGUUCUGCUGAAGUAAAAGUGCACAUUUGGGAUUAUUUCAAACACAUGCAGGCUAUAUUUUUGUGCAUGCAAGACAAUAUCUCACACAUCAUAUUUGGAGCUCCAGUGAUUCCUUUGAAUUGUGGCAUAUUCAUGAAAUGAAAUGUAAUGAAUGUCAUAUAAUUGCCAUGUAAUGAAAUGUCAUGUAUCUGCAGGAUCUGCAGGAUCAGUAUUGUUUUAUAACUUUGUAUAUGGCUUCACAGAGUAAAGAGAAUUCCCAAACUAUGUAUGUAAGUUUAAUGGUAAUAAAUUAAUUACUUUAAA